AUGGCCUUUACUGCUCCACUAUUAUCGCCAAUCCUUACCUUUGCGGUAUUCUCUAUUCUUGCGCAGAAGAGCAACGGCAAUAGCACACUUGAUACAGCCAAGGUCUUCACAUCCCUAUCGCUCUUUACGCUAUUGUCGGAGCCACUUAGCUCACUGAUAAUGUCUCUUUCCUCGUUCAUGGGCGGCGUUGGAUCCUUCCAAAGAAUUCAGAAGUUCCUCGUCACUCCGACACAGGUUGAGCGACGUAGGUCCCCAUACACCGUCGGGACCAUCGGGUCGGCAUCAGACUUGGGCGACGAGUCUGACAAGGAUUCCGACAAAUCCCAGAAAAGUCGCUUCUCCUUGGAUAUCCGAGAGAUUGGCUCCUCAUCCUCAACGGCUGUGCUGAUCGAGAAUGGGGUUUUCGGGUGGAGCCAGGAAAAGCAACCAACAGGUUGCCUGCAAGCGAUAAACAUGGCUAUCCCACGAGGUAAAGUUACCAUGGUCGUGGGUCCGGUAGGGUGCGGCAAAUCCACCUUGAUCAAGGCUAUCCUGGGCGAGCUCCCGGUUAUGGGUGGCACUGUCCAACUCUCCUCCCUGCGCAUCGCCUUGUGUGACCAAACGCCAUGGCACGUGAACGGCACAGUACAACAAAGUAUCAUCGGCGCAUCGGAUUUCGAUCAGCGAUGGUAUGCAGCAGUCGUUCGCAGUUGCGCUUUGGACGAGGAUCUGCGUCAACUGCCGCAAGGCGACCAGACGCAGGUCGGGAGUAAGGGUAUCGCCCUGAGUGGGGGUCAGAGCCAGCGUAUUGCUCUCGCCAGAGCGGUAUAUGCUCAGAAGGAUAUCGUCAUCCUCGAUGAUUGCCUUAGUGGACUGGACGGUCAGACCGAGAAUCGUGUCUGGCACAGUCUCUUCGGCCGUAAUGGUCUUCUCCGAAGAUGCAGGUCCACUGUUCUUGUCGCGUCUUCGUCAGCAAAGCGCUUGCCGUAUUGCGACCACAUCGUCGCGCUCAGCAAGGAAGGCAGCAUCGCCGAACAAGGCACCUUUGACAAAUUGAACGGAACUGGUGGUUAUGUGGCUGACUUUGACUUGCCGCCUCCCGACUGGGACUUCACCCCAGAAAAGCACAUCUACGAAGCGCCGCCUAGAUACUCCGAGCGUGCGAACAAUGGCAUGGUCACCGAGCAAGACAUACAGGCAGAGACAAAUCGUCGCACGGGCGAUGUGGCCAUUUACUAUUACUACAUUAAGUCAGUGGGUUGGACUGCCGCCCUCAUCUUCAUGGUCUCGGUUACGCUGUUCAUCUUCGGCCAGUCAUUCCCUACGAUCUGGGUGAAGAUGUGGGCCGAGUACAACAGUGAGCACCCCAACCAGCGACUUGGUUACUACCUUGGUGUUUAUGCCGCCCUUGGUGUCGGAGCGAUGAUCUUCCUGCUCAUCAGCUGCUGGCAACUAAUCAUCGAAAUGGUUCCGCGUUCCGGUAUCGCUUUCCAUAAGAGACUUCUUGACACCGUGCUUGGCUCUCCGAUGUCGUUCUUUGCAUCCACCGACACCGGUGUGACGCUGAACCGCUUCAGCCAGGAUCUCAUGCUCAUUGACAUGGAGUUGCCUGUUUCCGCUUUGAACACUUUUGCCACUUUCAUCUUGUGUAUCGCCCAGAUGAUCCUCAUCGCGGUUGCUGCCCCAUUCGCGACCAUUUCUUUCCCCGUGGUUGGUGGAGCUGUUUUUGUCAUCCAGAAGUUCUAUCUGCACACCUCGCGACAGCUACGGUUCCUCGACUUGGAGGCAAAGUCGCCACUAUACACACAGUUUAACGAGAUGUUGGAGGGUCUAGCCACUAUCCGAGCUUUCGGGUGGCAGAGCUUCCUCGAGGAGAAAGCGAAAGACCUGUUGGAUCGCAGCCAACGUCCCUUCUAUCUGCUUUUUGCUGUGCAACGUUGGUUGACUCUAGUAUUGGAUCUCAUUGUUGCUGCCGUCGCAACAAUCCUCAUCAUACUCGUGGUCGCGCUGAAAGGCAAGCUCAGUGCCGGCUACGUCGGUGUCGCUCUCCUCAACGUCAUCCUCUUCUCUCAGAGCAUCAAGUUGCUCAUCCAUUGGUGGACGCAGCUGGAAACGCACAUCGGAAGCGUGGCGCGCAUCAAGACCUUCACGACAGAUGCUAUCAGCGAAGACUUGGAGGAAGAGGACCAGGUGCCACCUCCGAACUGGCCCAGCGAUGGCAAGAUCGAGUUCAAGGAUGUUACCGCAUGUUACCGGCCCUAUGAGCCUGUAAUCUCUAAAUUCUCCAUCUCGAUCGCGCCGGGCGAGAAGGUUGCUAUUGUUGGCCGCACUGGAAGCGGCAAGUCUUCGCUUGUUCUAUCACUUUUCCGUAUGAUUGAGCUCUCGGCUGGAACCAUCACGAUCGACGGCCUCCCUCUCCACCGCAUCGCUCGCCAGACUGUCCGAUCAAGACUGAUCGGUCUGCCCCAAGACGCGUAUCUUCUACCAGGUUCCAUUCGGCUGAAUGCCGACCCAUUGCAGCAGAGUGACGACAAAGCCAUUAUGCAGGCGCUCAAGGACGUGCAGCUUUGGGACACCGUCGUAAGUAAAGGCGACGAGACCAAGUACGCGCAUCCGCUCGAUGUCAAUGUCGAAGACUUGCACUUUUCGCAUGGGCAACGGCAGCUCUUCUGUCUUGCUCGCGGGCUCUUAAGGAAGGACAAGGGGAGUGUCCUGGUCCUCGACGAAGCCACUAGCAAUCUUGAUCACGCUUCCGACUCUCAGGUCCAGCGCUUACUGCGCUCAAAGUUCACAGCCCACACUAUCAUUGCUGUCGCCCAUAAACUCGAUACUAUUCUCGACUUUGACAAGGUCAUCGUCAUGAACCAGGGUCAGCUUGUCGAGUACGGCGAGCCGUACAAGCUACUUGAUCGCGAAGGUAGCUGGUUCAAGUCACUGUACGAGGAUGUAUCGCUGAACGUGGGACCCUCGGGUGAGGAUGAUAUCCUGGAGAUCGCGCAGUGA